AAAGAGUGUUUCUCAGAAACAAGGAAACUCAUCGUUGUGACUUAUAAUUGCACUUUAUCCACAUUUUGGAUGCCUGACUCCUGGCAUGGAAUCACAUAGCUUUGAGUGGGGCAAGGCCCGGUGAACUGGACUAAGGGAGUUUAGGGAUGGCAUAUGCCUGAUGUCUCUGGUGCCUGUCUGCCUCAUUUGUGAGUUGUCUUAGCUUGCUAAAAUGGUGCAUCAGAAAAAUAGAACUUCACAGCAGAUUGUCAGCAGAUGAGCUUGAGACUGCUUCCAAAGUUGAACAAGAAGUACCCACAGGAAAAGGUAGGUAUCUAAGAAUAAUGCUUGUGACAACUAGGAGGUGGAUGUUGUAUUAUUCCUCUCCUUGAUUGACUUUUUGUGCUUAUUUAACUGGCCCCCUUCUGAGAUGUACGGUGGAUAAGCAGCUGCAGCAGAACAGGAAGCAUGGAGAGCCCUGGGCCCCAGGGUGGUUCAAUGCAGCAUCCCAAUCUGCUACCCUCCAUUCAUGCUUCAGUCAUUUUCUUUCCAGAAGAAAGAAAUGGUCAUGCAAAAGAACAUCUGUAUGGUCCCUCACUGCAUCACAGUCACCAGGUUUCUUUCUAUUGAAAUUAAACUGUCAUGAAUUGUUUUGCUUUUAUGUUUGUUUCAGGAUAAAUUAAGAUCUCAUGAUGUUAUGUCUUUUCCUGCUAUACAGGGAAAUGUACAUAACAAUGGAAAAUAUUUCCUCAAUGUUAUGCUUUCAAAAGAUAUUCCUGCAAUUAGUAGAUUUAGGAAUCCCAGGUUUCAAUGACCUUCCAUUCAUCUUGUUUUGUUUUUUUUUUUUUGUUAUUUUUUUCCAUGAAACAUACAGUUGAGACUUGUGUUGCUCAGAUCUCAGUGUUGGCGUUUUCAUACUUUCAGAAAUGACAUAGCAGUCUGCCACCUGUCCUUGGGACCCUUGGGUUUGUAUGUGUUUCCAGUUCAUGAGGAUUUUCCAGUCGUUUCUAUACUUUUUUUUUUUUUUUUUUCACUGAGUGAAAGUUCCAUAUAGGCAAUUAGAGGAAAAAAAGUGCCUUCGCAAGGUAAAAGUUAAAUGUACCUAUUUGUGUUUCAAGGCCACUCUGUACCCAACCUGAAGAAAACAGGUCUUGCCAGUAGGUAGGGAUUAUUUACAUAAAAGACUUGUUCUUUUCUGUCCUGAGUUAUUAAAGAGCAUGGUCAGAAGUGGCCACCUUGAUUUGGACGCUGUAAUUGUUACAAUAACUAGUUUGUUUUUUCAUUUGUUUCUUUUCCUGGUAGUAACAGGAAUUGUUUGUGUUAUUCCAGCUAGUUUCAGUCUUGGGAAACUUGUGUUUUUUUUUUCUCUGAAAAGUACAUUUAAUUUACAGUUUUCUUACUGCUCUAAACAUUAAACAGCACUACACAGAAAUCUCUAUGCAUCAUUCCUCCAGUGGUUGCAUGGUGGUGUGAUGUGGAAUGCAUAUGAUUUCAGUCUGUAAAGCAAUCAGAAAGAUAGUGCAUCCCUUAACAAGUCAGAGUCCAGUUUUCACAUAUUUGCUCUUUCUGAAGUGCAUCUGUAUUAGUAACAGAGUAACAACAUGAUUGUUAAAGAAUAGAUCACAAUUUUUAGAUGUAAACUUUGCUGCCAAGUCCUUCCAGUUGCAACUGACUUCAGUAGAUAAUCUGUCUGAUCUAGAGAUGACCUCUUACUUCAGAACAACAGUUCCUUUCAAGUGUUGAUGGCAGCUCCAGAUAUACUGUGUUCCUAGAGGUGGAAUCAACAAUAACAUAGGUGAAAGCUGUCUCUGCGUUGCUGUAUGUGCGGUUCAGUUGCUAUGACCACAGGAAUGCAGGUUGGUCAUGCAGAACAGGGCUGCAUCACAGACACGCUUCAGAAUUCUGGCAGCCUGGAGACACUAUGCUCCGAGAAUGAUAAAUAAGCUUAUUCUGAAACAAGCAUUAAAAAAGUUAAAAAUGCCUAAAAUUCAGGGACAUAAAAGUGUGAAAUUGCUCUGAAUAUUUAUAAAGUAUGCUUAUGUACCUACAGACCUUCUAUGUCAUCAGUGCAUUUCUCACUUCCUACUCUCUUUGAGAGUAGAGAUAAUGCCAGAAAAAAAGAGGAGGAAAUUGCCAGACAAGCAAGAGCAGCAUAAACCUACAAAGCAGCCGUUAAAGAACAAACUUGCCUACAAGUCAGAAAACAUAAGAAAAGGCAGAUCUGUCAUCUUCCCCAACAUAGUUAAAUCAGGAAAAGGAAUGCAGCCAGCACAUCCAAAGCCUCAGCUGACUGUUCAAGAGAGUGAUCAUCUGGGAUCUAACAGAGUCUUCCAUCAGAAAGUCAAUCACAGUGCUAUUUCCUUCCCACAUCUGGAAGGCCAAGCAAAACAUGGUUUGGCUGCUGACUCUGCAAACCCUCCCCCCCUUGAAAGCAGCCUGUGUCAGAUAACAAAUAACAGCUUGCAGCAUGUGCUCCCCCCUCUUCAGGAAAAUGGAAUUAUAAGUAAGUUUCCACAAUUUAAUCUUCUAAACAGUCAUUCUGAAAAUGAUACCAGAGCUCAGAGAAAAUCAUCAGAACUGGAAAACACCAGCACCAGUGUCAAGCUGCCUAUGACUGCUUCAGAAGCCUUGAAAAAUUUUAGAAACCAGUUAACAGUCUAUGAACAAAAAGAAAUUUUCAAUUAUCCAGAGCUAUGGUUUCUUGGGCUGGAAGCUAAAAAGAUUGAAGGUUUGCCUGAAGCCCAGAAUAAUAGUUGUUAUGAUGAUGAGAAUGGUUCUUACCUAAAGGUUUUACAUGACCAUAUUGCAUAUCGAUACGAAGUGUUGGAGGUCAUUGGAAAAGGGUCAUUUGGGCAGGUGGCUAAAUGCUUGGAUCAUAAAACCAAUGAAUUAGUGGCACUGAAAAUAAUACGGAAUAAGAAAAGAUUUCACAGCCAGGCUUUGGUGGAAGUUAAGAUCCUUGAUGCUCUUCUGAAGAAGGACAAAGAUGAUACUCACAAUAUUAUCCACAUGAAAGAAUACUUCUACUUUCGCAAUCACUUCUGUAUUUCAUUUGAACUGCUGGGAAUAAAUUUGUAUGAGUUGAUCAAAAAGAACAAUUUCCAAGGUUUCAGUCUGUCUUUAAUUCGACACUUCACUCAGUGUGUGCUGAGAUGUUUACAAGUGCUCUACCAGGAAAGAAUCAUUCACUGUGAUCUGAAACCUGAGAACAUAUUAUUAUACCACAAAGGCCAAGGUUCAGUUAAAGUUAUUGAUUUUGGAUCAAGCUGCUAUGAACACCAAAGAGUGUACACGUAUGUUCAGAGCCGGUUUUAUCGUUCACCUGAAGUGAUUCUUGGUCAUCCUUAUGCCAUGGCUGUUGACAUGUGGAGCUUAGGCUGUAUCAUGGCUGAACUUUACACAGGCUACCCACUGUUUCCAGGGGAAAAUGAGGUUGACCAACUUGCUUGCAUCAUGGAGGUUUUGGGUCUUCCACCACCUGAUUUUAUCCAGGCUGCAUCAAGGAAGCGAACAUUCUUUGAUUCCAAAGGUUUUCCUAAAUCCAUAACCAACAGCAAGGGAAAAAAGAGAUGCCCAGACUCAAAGGAUUUAAGCACAGUGUUGAAAACUCAUGAUGCUGGUUUCUUGGACUUUCUGAAAGGAUGUCUAAUGUGGGAACCUGCUCAGCGCAUGACUCCAGAUGAAGCAAUGAAACAUGCGUGGAUCCAGGAACCAAAAAUAUGCAGAGCAAAACAGAAAAUGCAGGUUUCAAGGAAGCUGAGUGAUGGCUCUUUCUCUACACCAGGAAAGAAAAAAGAGAAUAUCCAAAAUAUCUGGAAAGAUACAGCUGACAAUGUGAAAAGUGAACUGGGUGAAAGACUGACUCUCACUGUGCCCUCCACAGGAACAACAGAAAAUGAUGUACAGAAUCACACAAUGAAACAUGCUAUUCCAGAGAAACUUUUGGAUACUGAAAUAGAAAAGCCAAUCAAAAACGAUCAAGCAGAACACAGUGGUGAAACAGCUCUUCCAAAAAAUUCUUUCUUUUUUCCACCAAUUAAGUAAUGCAGAGUACAAGUAAUGAUUGGUUCAGUUGCAUACCUGGUGUAUUUUGUAUGUACUUGUACUCAGGAACAUAAGCUGUAUCUGUCUGAACAUGGACUGUGCAUAUUGUAGGUAUAUUUAAUGUUCAUUUUACUUUGAAAUAGUCCAGGCAACAAACCAGGAUUUGAAAAACAUUCAUUUUCCUCACCUCCAUCCUUGCUAUGUUCAGAGAUACGUUACAACUAGCAGCAAUAAAAUGGAGACUGUAGAGACAGAGUGGCUUGUUCUUGAUGUU